AUGUUAAAGAAAUUCAGCCCCUUGUCGUUCAUGGUUUUACAAAAGCGAUAUAAUAAAAGUGAACAGAAAAUUUUUGAUAAGAUAAAAAACAUAAUUAAUAGUAAUAAGAAUUUAAGACAUACAGAUGAUGAAAAAGAUAAAAUAGAAAUAAUAAAUAUUGAUAAUGAAAUUAUAAACAAAGAAAAUAUUUCUUUUAAGUGUAAUAUAAUAAAUGAAGACUCCACAAAAAAUGAAAAUAAAAAAGAUAACAUUGAUGAGAUGACAAAUGUAAAUAUAUACGAUGAUUAUUUUAAUAUAAAUGAUGAAUAUAAUAAUGUAAUGUCUAAUGAUAAUGAUAAUGUAGAUAUAAAAUCUUUUAUUCGAGAAACCGUUGAUUAUUAUAAAUCCUUACAAUUAAAAAAAAAAGAAGAUCAUCUAAAUGUAUUGAAUGUAAAAAAAAAAGAUUAUUCAAAUAUCAAAGAAUAUUAUAAUAAAAAUGAAGAGAUAAAGGAAAUAGUACAAGAUAAUAAUUUUAUAUGGAAUAAUAAAAAUUAUGAUAAAAAAAAUAUACACAGUGGUUUUCAUAGUGAUAUCAUCUACUAUGAUAAUUAUGAUACUACCAAAAGUAAACAUAAUCAAAAUAUUCAAAAUGGUCAAAAUAUUCAAAAUGGUCAAAAUAUUCAAAAUGGUCAAAAUAUUCAGAAUAAUCAAAAUAAUCAAAAUAUUCAGAAUAUUCAAAAUAAUCAAAAUAAUCAACAUUGUCAUAAUAGUACACAUGAAAAAAACUGCGGGUCAUAUAAUUUUUUAACGCCAGCACAAGUUUUUUUUGAAAAUAACAAAGAAAAGCUGAUCCAAGAAAGCUAUAAAUAUUACAAAGAACGAGAAAAUAACAUAAAUAAAGAGGAUUAUCUUUAUGAUGAAAAUGAAGGUUAUUAUAAUUAUGCAAACAUGAAAACGCCAAUAAUCAGACCAAAUGACAAAGAAGGGUUUUUAUUUAACUAUGAAGAUGAUGAUUAUAAUAAUAAUGAUGAUGAAGGAGAAGACGACAUGACAUUAGAAAAAGGUAUAAUGCCUACGAUCGAACAAAUUGUAUGUAUAUUAAAACAUGAAAAAGUAAAAGAUAUUAAAGUUAUAGAUCUUGAUAAAUGUGGAAGAAGAGAUAUAGGUAUGUUUUUAAUAUUAUGUACAGGUAAUACAGCAAAACAUAAUAAAAAAGUAGGAAAAUUAAUAAGUAAAAUAUUUAUAGAUUUAGAAAUACCAUAUAUAUCUAAUGUAGUUUAUUGUUAUUGUAAUAAAUUUGAUGAUUGGAUAAUAACACAUUGUGGACCACUUAAAAUAAAUAUUGUUACAAAAGAAUUAAGAAAUUUAUAUGAUAUAGAAAACUUAUUUCUAUAUCCACAUGAACAUUUUGAUAGUACUAACUUCCCUUCAUUUUUUGAUUACACACCUGGUAUCCCACCUCCAUAUCUGGUCAGGAGUAAUGCUUCUAUGGAUUCAUAUAAAAAUGAUGAUAUAUACACUAAAUUCUUAACGGAAAAAUGA